AUGCCGAACGUCGUUCGGGGGUGCUCUUGGAGCUACGAGUGGAAAGCCGUGGAGGUGUUUUUGAAGGAGAACCUCUUCCGGGGCAUCCUUAGGGCUCACUCGGUUCAGGGGGAGGGCUUCCACCACCAUUUCCAAGGGCAGUGUCCGGAGUCGAACAUCGGCGAGGGUGUCUCGACCGUCUUUUCCGCCCCUGGGUACACGACUCACAGCAAUCGAGGAGGCGUGCUGGUGGUGAAGGGGGACGGGGGGGUCGAUCCCCAAGGGUACGACGCGACGCCCGAGCCGGUGGUGGUAAACAGCGUCCGAGCUGCCGUGCAACGAGCUUGCCCGUUCAUGCCCACCUCGCUGGGAGAGUGGGCGGAUUUGGACACAGAUCGGCUGUGGUCGUUGUCCUCGUCGUUACCGCCAGCAGUGUCGGCGGCAGGCCGGCGUCAGAGGUCUACUGCAAGUUUUGACGACACCGAGGCCUUAGCGUUGAGGGCUUUGUGGGAGGCCAUGUCCGGGGGAGGGGGCGCAAUCACUGCGGACUCCCUCUUCGCGUUCGACGAUUCCUUCGGAGAGGGCACCGACUGCCUCCACGCAGCGGCGGUGUUGAGAGCCCUAGCACCGUCGGGGCGACGAGAAGCCCACGCUUGUGAGCCGGCCAUGAUGGGCGAUUUUUUGCGGGUCGCGGGAGCGCUGAAGGAGAUGAGUGCCGUGGGGAGUUCUCCGGGGAAUGCUUCGGGGAGAUCUACGGAGAUCGACGUCGUGGAGAGUUCUUCGGAGAACGCCGUCGUGGGGAGGAGUUCUCCGGAGAACGCGAUCGCGGGGAAAUCUCCGGAGAACGCGAUCGUGGGGAACUGCUCUCCGGAGACCGCCGUGGGGAACUCUCCGAACGCGGCGAUGAGCCUUGGGGAUGGCACUCCCCCAGAUUUUCCCCGCAACUGUGAUCGCUACCCCGCGUUGGAAUCGGGGGUUGGGGGAUAAUGCGAUGCACGCCUCUGUUUCGCCGGGCAGUCCGUCCAUGGGAGAUUCCUGCGGUCGGGACCAGGGGCUGGGGAGUUCUCCGAA